CUCUAGCUUUAAUCUUACAUCCAUCAUUUGACUAACACCGAGGGCAAAUCAUUUACCACCCCCGGAUCAAGGUUAGGGCUCCAUCUGUGAGGCGUGAUCGGUCAUCAAGCUUACUCCCAUGAAGGUCUAAUCCCUCGAAUCCGACUAAUCCUCCGAGAUCAGCUGUUUGGUCAUUGGUCUGGUCUUACCAUUCCUUUUGUCCACCAUGACCUCGCCGGUUGCCGUGCCCUCCGUGCAUGUGACCGAGCCGCCCAACCCCAUGUCUGGCCUCCUUCCAGAAAAGGAAGGCUCGGGUCCGACCCACCCGCCGGAUACGGCACCACGCUCGCCUCAUGUGUCCAUUACUGCUACCCCUAAUAUGCCCACGGGCACGACCACGGGCACGACCACGGGCACGACCACGGGCACGACCACGGGCAGUUCGGGUGGUGGAGCGGUGAAUUUCUUCAAGAAAUAUUCGGGCUGGUCGUUGGGUGGCGGUGGAGGUAGUGGCAGUCACACCCUGCCCGUGUCGCCCACGCCGGUCUUGGAUGCUUCCUCGGGCUCAUCCUCCACCCUCACACCCACACCCGCUCCGACCAAUCCGGUGGGUUCGUGGAACAAUCUAGACACGCCGCGGAAUAGUCAGAACAUUCCCAUGUCCGAAUUCAAGGCCGACGGCCUCACCUUGAUGUCGGAUAUCCCGGAGAAUGGUCCAUUAACUCAAUCCGACUUGACCACGAAUGGGGCCCUGUCUGAUAUGGGAGGGCGUUCCAGUCCCGGUGAAAGUUUGGCCUCCGAUUCUCGACGUCAUGACUUGACCCUGGUAGGCAAUGGUCGUCCCACCCGUCGCAAACUCUCACGACCCUCGAUAGUGCAAAGGCCUUGCCCCACCCACUCAUUUCACACCGAUGCUACAGAAGUCCAACAUAUGGAGAAGAGCUUACUGGGAUUGUUGGAAGACUUCAAUUCCGGCAAACUCCGAGCUUUUGGCCAAGGGUGUAGUAUGGAGAAAAUGGAAAAGAUCCGCGAUCAGCAAGAGAGUCUGGCCAAAUUGCAUUUUGAGCUUGGAGCUCGACAAGACAUCUUCACCCCUUUGUCCGAUGAUGGCCUCCGAACCUCGAAUGAGAAUAUGGAGAAGCUCAUGGGUCGCCUGGAGAAGCUAUCCAUGUCCAUUGCCCAGCUCAAUCCGAGCGAUGAUCUGACUGGAUCGGAUGCCACACUCCAUGAAUCCGGGAUGAAAAUGGGCGAGAGCGCCGAAGAUCUCCUUGACAUCAGAUGACACGAAAACGAUAACCCGCUUGACAAGAAGAAUCGGAAACUUGGCCGACAAGAAGCUCUCUCUGGGUUUGGAUGAGGGUUCCCUUCCAUUUUAAUCGGGGCCCUGCUUCAAUAUUGUUGUAGACACCGCUGUGGGUUCGAUAGAAAGAUUCAAAACAGCAUUGGCAGCAUAUUUGGUGUCAGUAAAGUUUGGACAUGUCUUGCUUACUCAUUUACUUUAUCGUAUGUAUACUCUUUCAUAGAUGGAGCAAAAUUGAUUGUACCUACCGCUUAUCUACUAAUUAAAACCUGAGCUUUUUGGCCGGAGCCUCGGGAUUUUGGGUGUAACACUUCAAGGGGAUCAAUUUUCUUUGUGAAAUUGCGACCUUUUGCCAGCUUUGAGUAUCUGGGCAACUUGUGUCUUUUUAUUUAUUUGUCCUCCGAAUUGUCAAAUCCAAAACUUUUCCGCCUCCUCCUCACCUUGUAAGCCAUCGCCCUCGAAAAAUUUUCGGGGCAAAAUGGCUAGACCGACAUUUGAUGAAACAUUUUCAAAGCCUUUUUUUUCGUUCAAACCCCAACAUUUGAGGCUGACAAAUAAAAGUAACACGCCCUAUUUCUA